UAUUUAAAAAAAAAUUCGUAACAUGGAAUCGUAAGAUGGUUGCGAAGAGUUGUGGUGAAAGUUAUAUCUGCGUGGUUUAACGUACGAAUAAUAUACUUUAAUUGAAUCUUAUAUAGUUUCGUUUGAUUAAAAUGUUCUUUAGUUUUCAUUAAAAUAAUUCAUUUAAAUUACUAGAAUGGUUAAGGAGCUGAAAGUAAAAAAGUCAUCUCUUGAACUCGCGUACCGCACCGAACAUUAUCAUGGAAUCAAGAUUAUAGCGGAUAGACCAAUAACUUGUACUGCAUGUGGCAAUAAAGUUAUUGCUGAAAUUGGAAAAAUUUUUACCAAUCCUGUGAUAGGUACUUUGUUGUGCGAAAAAUGCUGGGACCAUUUCAAUAACACAAAUUUUUCUUUCGAUGAAGAUAACCUAGAUAAGUAUUGUCGCUUAUGUGCUCAUGAAAAUAAUCUAUUCUAUUGUGGAUCAUCUAAUUGUAAAUUUGCAUUUUGCAAACGAUGCAUUAGGAGAAAUGCACCUUUCUGUCUUUUGGAUAUAGAGAAAAAAAAUUGGAAAUGUUUCAUUUGCGAACCUAAACCAGUGUGGGAAUUACGAGCAGUUUGCGAUUCCAUUAUGGAUUGUCUAGCUAAAAGAAGUAAAACAAAUUCUAUGCAGAACGAAUUGAAGAAGCGUGAUUCUAGGUUACCGUAUCAAAAAUAUCAGAGUCUACAAGUUAAAAAAAUGCAAAAAGCCUUACGAUCAAUAUGUGACAAUGAAGAAGAAGAUGACGAUAAUUUUGUAAAAAAUAAACCUGUUUACAGCAAGUCCAUUAAAAAAGAGGAAAGUAAUGUGACAACUAAGGAAAGUAAUAAAUCUAAAAGACACACUUUAAACCAAUUGUGUAGUACAAGUUCGUCGAGUAAUUCAAGCGAUAAUGAAAUCAUGAAAAAAGAGUCUUCGAAACAAGACAAAGAUGUUACAAUAUCUUCGCCGUACAGUUCUAAUUUUGAUAGCAAAGAAAACGAAUCGAUCUCGAGAGUUAAACAUAGACGAAGCGCAAGUAAACGAGAUAAAACAAACGUUAAUAAGAUUUCAAACAAAGAUGAAACAAUUGACUCUAAUUCUGAAUCCAGUGAAGAAAAUACGGAUGAUAGUAAAAAUAAAAAUAAGAAACUUCUUAAUAGAAGUAACAGAAAAAAAUGUUCCAUGAAACAGUCUACCAAUAAAGAAAUUUUAAUAUCGCAAUCUCCUAUCGAUACUGACUCUAGCUCUGGUAAGGAAUUUCAGAGGACUAAAUUAGUUCGUAGCAAUGUUGACUCGUUACGUAAAAUAAAUAAAAAUGUUCAUCAAAUUCUAUACAAAAAGAAUAUCAUUAAUAAACAACAAGGCAAAUAUUUUAAGUCUAACAUAGCAGAAAUCUUGGACGAAUUGAAACAACAAUGUUCGGUAUUUGAAUUACAAGCCCAGCAUAUUGAAAAAAAAUUUAAAAGGAAGCCCAUGUACAUGGAAGACGCAGAUAAAAUUAUAUAUAAAUCAAAAAGUGCUAUUAAUAAAGUAAUUACAGAAUUCAGUAAUUACAAGGAACAUUUAAUCGAUUUUUACAAAACAUUUGUAUCAUCAGUUAAAGAGGAAGAAGAACAUGAAAGUUCCGAAGAUGAUACAACAUUAAUGAGUAAGAAACCUCAUAAAAGAAAAUCCAGUGAUACAAUAGAUAAAGAUAACAGUCAAAGUAUAAAAGAUAAAAAAAAUAUCAUAUCAGAUUGUGAUAGUGAAAUAUUUUCAGAAAAUGAAUCUAUUAAACAUGAAGUACCAGCAGUGGAGAUAAAAACUAAUAUUUGUGACAAUAAAAGUCCUGGUUCUGAAGAAUUGAGAAUUAGUGAUAAUGCAUCACCGAUAUUAGGAGGUAACCAACAUAAUAGAAAGACUUUGGUUAAAUUAUCAAAUAAUGAAGUAAUAAAAGAUAAUAUCAAUAGUAACAAGUGUAUAAAAAAUGAUGAUAACAAUUUAACCAAAAACUCGAAUGUCACAAAAUGUGAGAUUCCGGAAACAAAAUCUAAAAAUAUUUCAAAUAAACUUCUAACUGCGAUACCAUCUAAUGUUGUUGUUUCUAAUCUAACGAAUGAUUCGUUAAAUGAUAUAUUUGACAGCAGUUUGGAAUUAAACAAUGAAUUAAACGAAUCUAAUACAGCGAUAGUAAACGUCCAAGAAAAUAAAGAUAUUCAGGACUUGAAUACUGAUGAAGGUCGAAAAGAAAGCAAUGAAAAUUCGAAUACAUUGAAAUGUAAUGAACCAAAAGAAAAUGUACCAUUAUCAGAUAAAAAAGAACUUCAUCUAUUGGGAAAAGAAGAACAGAACAAAAAAAGUAUAUUUCGAAAAAAAACACCAGAUAUAUUUGAAUCUAAUAAAUCUGACAGUAAUUCGGACGAAACUGUAUUUAAUGAAUAUCCCACUGAAACAUUUCAUAUCGAUAAACCUAAUGAAAAAAUAUCAGAAACACUUGCUAAACAAGAUUCCAAUCAAUGCGAUUCAGAUAUUUCUAAUAUUUCUGAUAUACCUUUCAAUUCAGAAAAAGUAUCAGACAAAUCAAAAGAUCCAAUAUAUUCAAUCGACCAAAAUAAAUCUAACAUAACUGAAGAAAAAACAGAUACCAAUAACGAAAGUGACAGCAGUACAAUAGUUUUGUCUAAUUUGAAUACAACUGUGGAAUUAACAUCGGAUAACGUCGAACAACAUAACAAUGAAAAUUGUAUAAAAGAGAGAUGCUUUUCUGAAGAAACAAACAUAUUGGAUAGAGAAAAUGAUGUUAUGAAUGAAGACAAUAUUAAAAAUGCUCUUUUGGAAUCUGACUCAGAUGAUUCCGUUUCUUCAUCAGGCAAUAAAGAAAUGGAAAUUAACAUAGAAUCUAAUAGUAAGGAUUUAAAUAAGAUUCAGUUGACUACAUUCGACAACGAAAGUACAAAAUCUGACGAUUUACUUAAAUUGCAAAUUCAGAUGAAUAAUAAUAAGUCUGAGAAAAAAGAACUAGGGAAAAAACGUAAUUACGAUUUAGAAUCAGACUCAUCUGUAGGAUCUAGAGUAAAAAGGAGAAGACUUCAAUUGAAUAAGAAUUAUUAUUACAUGAAUGAUAAGAAAUUGAGAAUGAUAUGUCAUGUACAAUUAAAAUUAUUAACAGAUGAUGUUUUAAAUCAAUAUAAAGACGCGUUGGAAGAAUCUAAGGAAUACCAAAAUAAUAAGAAGAUCAACAGACUUAUAAAUUUGGAUACACUGGAGAAGUCAUAUAAAAGAAGUUCAGUUACAUCAAAGGAAGAUAAUCUAUCUAAAUCUUUACAAUCAUUAAAAACAAAACAAUCAUCUAUCAAAAAAGAAGAAGAUUCAUUGUUAGAACAUUUGAAGAAGGUACAAGAUGGAAGUGCUUCCAUAGACAUGCAAGACAAUUCUGAUAAUAACGAGCAAAAUUUAAAUUCACCAAUAGAAAAUCAUUCUGCUCCAUUAACAAACGAUGAUCUCAUGUUAGAAGCUGAUAAAAUUGCUAAAGAUUUACUAUUAAAUUCGUCUGACUCUAAUAUGGAUGAUAGCAAAGAACAAGAACAGUCAAAUGUAUCAGACAAAGAUGAGAAGUCGUUAAAGGAGAAGAAUGAAAGUAUCGAGAAAAACGAAAUUAAAAAAGAAGAGCCUUCUGAAGAAAAUAACGAAAGAUCAUCUACGGAAAAGAAGGAGAAAAAGCUGAAAAAACGGAGUAAGUGGAGGCGAAAUAAAAUACUAACAAUGAAAAUAUCUGAUAGCGAGUCUGAAAAAGAACAAGAGAAAUGGGAUAAAUCACAAGAGAAACAAAAAGAAAAAGAAGAAGAUGACGACAAAGAUAACGUUAAUGUUAAAAAGACUACUGAACACAAAAGAAAAAAGGCUAGAAGAAUUUUUGAUUCUGAUUCAGAUGUAAAAGAAAUUUCGGAUUCUCUCAGUAAUAGUAGUAGUAGUAGUAGUAGUAGUUCGAGUGAAGUUAUGAUAUUAAGUGAUUCUGAUGACUCCGGUGGAGAAAAGAAGAAAAAGAAAAAGAAACAAAAUUCCAAAAAAUCAUCUGACACUGAAUCAUCUACUACAGGAAAUAAGCCUAAACCAAAAAGAAGACGGAUAAAGAAUGUAUCGACAGAUAGUAAUAGUGAUAGUGAUAAAAUGAAUAAUUCGCAAGGUACGUCGAGUAAAACUGGAAGAAAAAAUAUUCGCAAAGUUUUGAAAGAUAAACAAGUAGCGGAUGACACAAAGCAAGCAGCCAAAGAGGAAGAAGAAAGGUUGAAACGUAUUAUGGAACGUCAAAAACUUUACAAUGAGAUGUAUGAAAUACGAUUAGCCGGUGAAGAAAAAGUAGAUAAAUUAGUAUUGGAUUUUGAUCCUGAUACAAAGAAAGAACUUAUAAGCGUAAAUAAGGAUUUGGUGAAACGUUUGAAACCGCAUCAAGCAGAGGGAAUUAAAUUUAUGUGGGACGCGUGCUUCGAAUCUUUGGAAAGAAUAAAAACUACUUCUGGAUCGGGCUGCAUUAUAGCGCAUUGUAUGGGACUUGGAAAGACUCUACAAGUAAUUUCUUUAUCGCAUACUCUUUUAACUCACGAGGAAACUGGAAUAAAAACUAUCUUAGUAGUUUGUCCUCUUAGUACCGUUCUUAAUUGGGUUAAUGAAUUUGAGAUGUGGCUAAAGGAUGUAGAGAACGGAGAUAUCGACACGUUCGAAUUAACAAAAUGUAAAAAGAACUUUGAAAGGAAGUAUCAGCUUCAAAGUUGGCAUCAAAGUGGCGGCGUUUUAAUUAUUGGAUACGAAAUGUUUCGCAAUCUUACUGGUUCAAAUAAAAAUAUUCGAAAAAACAUGAAAGAUGCGAUAUUAAAAUGUUUGGUAGAUCCUGGUCCAGAUCUUAUUGUAUGUGAUGAGGGACAUUUAUUGAAAAACGAAGAUACUGCGCUUAGUAAAAGCAUGAAACGAGUUAAAACGCUUCGACGUAUUGUUCUCACUGGGACACCAUUACAAAAUAAUUUAAUAGAGUAUCACUGCAUGGUUCAAUUCGUUAAGCCUAAUCUUUUGGGUACAAAACGAGAAUUUUUAAACAGAUUUGUGAAUCCCAUAACAAAUGGACAAUUUGAUAAUUCAACAGAAUACGAUGUUAAAUUAAUGAAAAAACGUGCUCAUGUAUUGCACAAAUUGUUAAAAGGAAGUAUUCAAAGAUUUGAUUAUUCCGUAUUAACACCCUUUUUACCGCCUAAACAAGAAUAUGUUAUUUUUGUAAGACUCACGGAUGUACAGAUCAAAUUGUAUCAAUAUUAUUUGGAUAAUUUGACAAGACAUUUUAGUGGUAUGAAAGGUACACUAUUCGCAGAUUUUCAAGCACUGCAAAGAAUAUGGACUCAUCCAAUAGUUUUGCGAUUAAAUUCGGAGAAAAUUGAGAAGGUUAAUGAAAAAAAAAGAUAUACCAGUGAUUCGGAAGGAUCAUUAAAAAACUUCAUUGUCUCAGGCGACGACGAAGAGACAACUAGUAGCAACAGUAGCGACAGCGAUAUUCAAUCCAUCCAUUCCUCAUCGCCUAUUCGCAAACGAAGAACUCGAAAUAAUGAAAUUGAUUCAGAGCCAGAAUUAGUGGAAGUAUUACCAGAAAAAGAAGAAGAAUGGUGGUCACAAUUUGUACAGCCUGAACACUUCGAAGAUAUGAGGAUUUCUACCAAACUAGUUCUAUUAUUUGGAAUUUUAAAAGAAUGUGAAAAAAUUGGCGACAAAGUAUUGGUGUUUUCUCAGUCGUUAUAUUCUUUAACGUUGAUCGAACAGUUCCUUGCUCAAAUAGAUGAAGCAGAACAAAACAAUAAGAUAUUAGAGAGACUAGAAGGGCACACUGGAAGUUGGUCUCUAGGUUUAGAUUAUUUCAGAUUAGAUGGUCAGACUUCUGCAGAAAAUAGAAAUAUUUGGUGUAAAAUAUUUAAUAAACCCAGCAAUACAAGGGCAAGAUUAUUUCUCAUAUCAACGCGUGCAGGUGGUUUGGGUAUAAAUUUAACAGCUGCUAAUAGAGUUAUUAUAUUCGACGCAAGUUGGAACCCGUCGCACGAUAUUCAAAGUAUAUUCAGAGUAUACAGAUUUGGUCAAAAAAAACCUUGUUACGUUUAUCGAUUUCUCGCGUCGGGUACGAUGGAAGAAAAGAUAUAUAAUCGCCAAGUAACAAAAUUAUCACUUUCCUGCCGUGUCGUUGACGAGCAACAAAUAGAACGACAUUAUAGCCAUAACGCUCUUAACGAAUUGUAUAAAUUCGAGCCACAUACGAAUAUCAAUACCCAAACUUUAAAUUUACCUAAGGAUAGAUUGUUGGCAGAAAUAUUUUUAAAAUACAAGGAUUUAGUUGAAAAUUAUCACGAGCAUGAUUCCUUAUUGGAAAAUAAGGCUGACGAAGAAUUAGAUGAAGAGGAAAGGAAACAGGCUUGGUUAGAAUACGAAGAAGAAAAAGAAAGGCCAAAUAUUAAUGCAACUACGGCGGCUUAUCAAAAUAAUAUUUUGUUGCAACAAUACAAUAAUAUGAUCGCUAAUCUUAAUCGUCAGAAUAUGGCAAUAAAUAAUACUAUGCAGUUUAGUGAUUAUGAAAAUCUACAAAAACUUAUUGAGAAAGAUUAUCCUAAUGCAACACCUGAACAACGUAAAUUUAUGACUACUAAAGCCUUGGUGGAUAUGUAUAAUUAUUGGGAACAACAGGCUACGGUUCAACCUAACAGAAAUUCUCUUCUUGCACAGAAUAUGCAAAAGAACAUACAACAGAAAACUACUACAUUGGGAACAACUAAUAUAUCUGCAGCAAUGAACCAGAAUUUGUUGAGACAACAUUUGCUACAAAAUCAACAAAUAGUAUAUAAUUCUAACAACACAUAUACAAACGUAUCUAAUCCACAAUUAAAGGGUGGAAUUAGAGUAAUCAAUCAAUAUGUUUAUCCAAAACCUUCAACCAGUAAUGUUCAACCUAGGAAUGAGAUUACGCAGAUUACGAUAGAACCAGCAAAAGCAACCGAAACGUCUGCUAAAACCUCAACUAUUCCAACAAAUAAGGAACAAGAAGAAUGAUCUUUAAAAUAAUAUCUUAUAACUGUCUUUCUGAUUAGCUAAACUAUAUUCUUCAGUAUGAAUAGCAAAGAAUCAAACUAAUUGUUUUUAUUUAGUUUAUUCACGCUAAUAUAAAAAUCAAUCGUCUUUAGAUCGAUGAAAAUGAAAAAAAAAGAAAUCAUCUGAAUGUGUUUUAUAUAAUAAUGUACGAAAGCGAGUGGAAUUUUCUUAUUCUAAAGAUUAUUGUAAUUAUUCGCUAAUUAAUUGACUAUAUAAGAAUUAUUAAAUAAUUAAUGUCCACUUUCAUAUACUCUGUAUAAAUGAAAACAUUAAUUGAAUGGAAUAAAAAGUUUGAUUCUUUGAGUAGAAUCUUUAUAAUGGAAAA